AAGCUUCGCAGAAGGUGGUGAGUACAAAAGCCGGAGUCACUCCUAUGGGGAGCCUUAAAUCAAAAACAAGGAGCCCCAAGCUUUCUCAAGAAAAAUAGCCGUUGGGUUGUUUGAGCGAGCCGCGCCCUCGAAAAUAUGGCCGUUGGGAGCUCCGUAACGGCUAUUUUUUGCUCUUCGCCUGGCCCUCUUUUUUUUUUUUUUGACCGACCGUUGGAGACUCGAGCAACAGCAACUUUUUUCCACGGAGGUCCCCUUUCCUUUUAAAUUCUCCACCCCGGUUUGCCGUCAUCACUCAUUACCAUACCUCUCUCUCUCUUUCUGAGUUCAAUCCCCUACCCUUCCUGCUGCUUCUCUGGCCAAAGAGAAAGAGAGGUUAUUAUAAUUCAAAAAGAUGAACGACCUGAUGACCAAAUCCUUCCUCAGUUAUGUGGACCUCAAGAAAGAGGCUCUCAAAGACCUGGAAUCUGGGGCAGAGGAGGAUGGCAUCGAGAUGACAGCAGCUGCGGCGGAUGAGAACCUCCGUCGCUUCUUCGAGGAGGCCGGGCUGGUGAGGGAAGAGAUGGGCUCGAUCCGGGACCUCCUGGCGCGGCUCCAGGACGCCAACGAGGAGAGCAAGUCCCUCCACAAGCCGGAGGCUCUCCGCUGCCUCCGGGACCGCAUCAACGCCGACAUCGUCCAGGUGCUCAAGAAGGCCCGGGCCAUCCGUGCCCGGCUGGAGGCCAUGGACCGGUCGAAUGCAGCCAACCGGAGGCUCUCCGGGUGCCGGGAGGGCACCCCGGUCGACCGGACGAGGACGUCCGUGACCAACGGGCUGAGGAAGAAGCUCAAGGAGCUGAUGAUGGACUUCCAGGGGCUGAGGCAGAGGAUCAUGGCGGAGUACAACGAGACGGUGGAGCGCCGCUACUUCACCGUGACGGGGGAGGUCCCCGACGAGGACAUGAUCGAGAAGAUCAUAUCCAACGGGGAGAGCGAGGAGCUGCUGAAGAAGGCCAUCAUGGAGCACGGGAGGGGGAAGGUGCUGGCCACCCUGCACGAGAUCCAGGACCGGCACGACGCGGCCAAGGAGAUGGAGCGAAGCCUGCUGGAGCUCCACCAGGUGUUCCUGGACAUGGCGGUCUUGGUGGAGGCCCAGGGCGAGCAGAUGGACAGCAUCGAGCACCACGUCACCAGCGCGUCCCACUACGUCAAGGAUGGGACCAAGGAGCUCCGCUGCGCCAAGGAGUACCAGAGGAGCAGCCGCAAGUGGUUGUGCAUCGGGGUGCUCCUGCUGCUGAUCCUUAUUCUGGUCAUCGUCAUCCCCAUCGCCACCAGCUUCAGUAAAUCCUAGACUGCGGAUCAGUGUUCUCCUCCUUGUGCAUUCCAGCUUCUUUCGAGGGUUGGAGUUCUGCUCAAGCUCCUCACAGAGUCCGAAAACUGCUGCCGAUAGGCGUGCAACUCGGUGGUUAGAUUUCCUCCGUGGAUUGCUUCUUUUUUCCUCUUCCCUCUGCUGCAUUCUUCUCCGGGUUCUUCUUCUAUUUGAUUUACAUGUCAGGAUCUAUCCAUGUGUGAUCAUAAAUUUUCUCUUUGAUUUCGAAUACUUACGGGAAAUGGUUCUUUGUUUCAUGCCAGUGAAUCUUAUCAAAAACAUACCUGCAUAUUAUUUGGGUUGCUCCCUCCAGUGAUUAAAAAAAGGAAAGGUUCGUAGAUAGGCAUGCCCUUGCUUUGCUGGUAUUGGAUGAAUAAGUGGCAAAAGCCAAUAGCCAAUAGGUUAUUGUAAAUUUUGUGUUCAAGCAUUCUAUUUGCUUGAGUGGUCUAAACCUGUUUGUUUAAAAGAGGAGAGCAGAAAUGGCUAACAAGCCCUGUAAAGAAGCAUGCUUUUUAGGCCUCAUAGCAAUGAAAAAUGGAACUUACGGCA